UCUCUCUCUCCUGGUGGUGGGAGGCAGACAUGUACAUUGGAGUGGUGGUGAUGAUGACUCAAACAUUGAAAACGAUAGUGUCAUCCUAUAAUGACCAUGACAAGAAUUCCCGCCUCUCUGCUUUGCCUCCUGGUGGUCUUGGAAGCCGUCAAUGGCGCCAAAGCCGCACUGGUACCUUGGCUGUUGCCAUAGCAGCACUUCUCAUGUCUACUACUGCUUGGCUUUCCCUUGUCUUCUCUGAUAGAACUACCUGUUGCUUUCAUAGCUUAAAGGACUGGGAAAGUAGCCGCCACUUUUUCCCUUGGAAGAAGUGCAUUCCUCAUCGCCUUUCAAAAGUAACUCCACCUGCUCUCCAGUUUGGGACCAUGGAAGAUAAGCUUCAAAACGGUAGCAGUGUUGAACAGGAAGGCUUGUCACUUAAACAUAUUGUAUUUGGAAUAGCAGGAUCUUCUCAGCUUUGGAGACGGAGGAAGGAAUAUGUCAGACUGUGGUGGCGGCCCAAUGACAUGCGUGGCCAUGUGUGGUUAGAGGAACAAGUGGUUCAAGAACAUGGGGAUGAUUUAUUGCCCCCUAUCAUGAUUUCUGAAGACAUCUCACAUUUCCGCUACACUAAUCCAAUUGGUCACCCUUCUGGCCUCCGAAUUUCUCGCAUUGUCAGAGAGAGCUUUCGCCUUGGUCUCUCAGAUGUGCGCUGGUUUGUCCUCUGUGAUGAUGAUACCAUCUUCAAUGUGGAUAACCUUGUUGACGUUCUUAGCAAGUAUAAUUCCUCUGAAAUGAUUUACAUAGGUAGCCCCUCAGAGAGCCAUUCAGCAAAUACCUAUUUUAGUCACUCAAUGGCCUUUGGUGGUGGUGGGAUUGCAAUAAGUCAUCCACUUGCGGAGGCUCUCUCUGAGAUUCUUGAUGAAUGCAUUGAGAGGUAUCCCAAACUUUAUGGCAGUGAUGAUCGACUGCAUGCCUGCAUCACUGAACUUGGCAUUCCUCUGACCUGGGAGCAUGGUUUUCACCAGUGGGAUAUAAGGGGCGAUGCUCAUGGUCUUCUAUCCUCUCACCCAAUAGCACCAUUUGUGUCAAUUCAUCAUGUUGAAGCUGUUAAUCCCUUUUAUCCCAGUUUGAGCUCUUUGGAUAGCCUGAAGCUUUUUACAAAGGCCAUGAGAACUGAUCCAAGAAGCUUUUUGCAGCGGUCAAUAUGUUAUGACCAUGCUCGGCAUCUAACAUUUUCGGUGUCACUUGGUUAUGUCAUUCAAGUCCUUCCUAACAUUGUUUUUCCCCGUGAGCUGGAGCGCUCUGAAAGAACCUACUCCGCUUGGAAUGGUGUUAGUCGAAGAAAUGAAUUUGAUUUUGAUGCUAGGGACCCAUAUAGAUCUAUUUGUAAAAAGCCUAUUCUCUUCUUCUUGAAAGACACUGGAAGAGAGGGUAAUGCUUCUUGGGGUUCAUAUAUUAGGAGUAGAGAUAAAGAUGAUUUCAAAAAGCGAAUUUUCUGCUUUCCUCACUUUCCCCCUCUUCGCAAUGUGCGAGAGAUCCAAGUAGUGGUGCAGCCUUUGAGCAAGAAUUGGCAUCUGGUACCACGUCGUCUCUGUUGCAGGCCAAGCCAAGCAGGCAAAGAAAUCCUCCAAAUGUCAGUUGGAGAAUGUGGGAAGGGAGCUUUUAGCUCUGUAUAUUGACUUUCUUUGGUGGGUUGUUUGUCGGAUGGCAUGUUAGGAUUGCGAUUUUUUAUGGUUUGUACAUGAUUUGGUCUUUGAGUGAAGAGCUAAUUCCAUGCGGCAUUUUUUACCUUUAAUUGAGCUUUCUCGAACUUCUAUUUGUAUAUGGUAGUAGUCUAGUAGACGAUUGAACUUGCAGAUGGUAGAGAAAAGGUUUCUAACACCAAA